AUGGCAGCCCCAACUCCACCAUCAUGGCUGUUCCCCAGUAUUUUGCCAAUCUCCCGGAUGGGAGAUCGCGUACCUCCAACAUGGCACGUGGUGUUUAUCUGCCCCAUGGAAGACGCAGAGCGGGUUGAAAUGAUGACCAAACUCAGUACCAUCGACGAAAAUUGGCUGGAUCGUCCCCAGGCUGCGAUGCAGCGUCUGGUCGAAAUCCCUUGGUUAAUGGACUGGACGCCACCGACAUCGGCUAUCUUCUCCAUUGUGAAAGAUGAUCCGUUGAUCGUGGUUGAUGAUCAGUCUCAGAUAGAUCAGACGGCCAUCAUCAUUUGGAAAGCUUCUACUGAAUCCAGCCCUGAGGCUGCUCGUGUACCAAUUGCCCGGGCCAACAUUCUGUUGGGCGUCGCUGCUCAAGGAGGGCUGUCAUCCGAGUAUGCUCGUAUUCUGCCGGAGCCGAAAGCACAACCGGCCAUACCCGUGAGUAACUCAUGA